CGAAGAGCCUCACGGUCCGCAUCAACAUGGCGAAUGUAACACUCCCUUCUGGCUCGAUGUCAUACCCUGAGCUCCUUCAGGUUGCCAAACAAGACUCCAGCCUCUCGUGGCCGGAGCAGUUGUGGUGGGCGCACUAUACCUUCUGGAACAACGAUGUCCUUGCGACUGGGGUUAUGACCUUUCUUGCCCACGAGCUCAUCUACUUCGGCCGCUGCAUUCCCUGGAUCGUCGCCGAUGCUCUUCCCAGUGUCUUUCGUCGUUUCAAGAUCCAAGACCACAAGACCCCGUCAUUCAGCGACCAAUGGACAUGUGUUAAGUACAUCCUCGCCAUCCACUUCAUCGUCGAGCUACCGUUGAUCGUCCUCUUUCAUCCGAUGAUGGAAGUCUGCCACGUCCAAUAUACGCUGCCCUUCCCGAAACUGUCUCUCUUCGCUGCGCAAGUCGCUCUCUUUUUCAUCGUCGAAGACACAUACCACUACUGGCUGCAUCGGGCCAUGCAUUGGGGCCCGCUGUACCGUUCCAUCCACCGCAUUCACCACCAAUACGCUGCACCGUUCGGGCUGACGGCUGAAUACGCCAGUCCGGCAGAGACAUUCCUGCUAGGCCUGGGUACAAUUUGCCCGCCCCUUAUUCUUGGAUCCAUCACUGGCGAUGUACAUCUGAUAACUGUAUUGGGAUGGAUGGCGCUGCGUCAGCUGCAGGCAAUUGACGCGCAUUCAGGCUAUGACUUCCCCUGGAGCUUGCGACGAAUCGUCCCAUUUUGGGGCGGCGCCGAUUGGCACGAUGACCAUCAUCGAUACUUUUGGGGAAACUAUUCCAGCUCUUUCACGCAUUGGGACAUUUUGAUGGGUACUGUCGCUGGUCCGAGAGGAAAGGCAAUGGGACAUAAUAAGCGGCAUUGACGAGGAUAUCGGGUUGGUAAAAAGUUUUGGGUUCUGGAUGGUGUAUGUUCCUGAUAACACAUAUAUAGUAAUGUUAAUAUGG